CUAAAGAAGUAUGCGUAUUCAAAAUUCAUUCUGACUAGUCUGAUGCGCCUUGAUGCGUCUGCGCUGGUCCGCGCUUGCCUAUUGCGCUUGCGCGUGCUUAUUUCAGCUUAUUUCACGUGUGUUUAUUAUAGAAUGUGAGGUUAAGUAAUAAGAGCGAAUUUCAUAAUGAGUUUCAUAAAAAACACGGUGCAAACAUAUUCAAAUGAUUCAAGACUUUUAUAUAAAGCAUUAAAUGGUAUAUUUCUCCUUUAUAAAAGCCCGUCUGUGGCCUUUGGACGAAUGAAAGGAACAGUGAUCUCUAAUUUAUGUAGAGAUCUUAACAAUAUGAAUGUACGACCACCAACUAAAUAUGUAUCGAUUGAAGGUGCUACUAAUACAGAUAUGAAUGUUAUCAUUCGUGAUAGUUAUGCAGAUAAUAUAUUAGUAGUAGGACCACGUUAUCAAAUGAAUGACUUUAAAUUAGGAUCUACAAUUUUGUCUUCUACAGACCUUAGUGGUCUUGUAGUCUGUGGUAUCAAUGCUGGUAAUAAACUGGUAAGAAAACUAAGAAAUGCCAAUAUGACGAGAUGUUAUAAAGUAAAGGGAUUAUUAGGCCAAGCAACAGAUAACUAUUUUCAUACUGGAAAAAUAGUAGAAAAAUCUACGUAUGCACAUGUAAAACGAGGUCACAUUGACAAUAUAUGCAGUUCAAUGCAAUCAUCUCACCAAAGAAAAAUGUUUGAAUUGUCUGGAGUUGAUAUACAAAGUCAAGCUGCAUAUGAUUUAGCAGUGCAAGGUCUAUUAAGACCAGCUGAUUCUAAUAUUCCCAUGGUAUAUACAAUCAAAUGCACAGACUUUUCACCUCCCGAAUUUACACUAGAAAUUGUUUGUAUCAAUGAGUACGAUAUGUACCUAAAAACCAUAAUUCAUGAAGUGGGAGUGCAACUUCAUAGUACUGCUACUUGCACUCAAAUAUACUGCGGUCGGGAAGGAUUAUUUACCGUAGAGUCUGCGUUAUUAAAAAAAUACUGGACUUUAUCAAAUAUUUUGAAUAAUAUACAAAUGUGUCGUAAGAUUAUUAAUGAGAAUCCAUAUCUGAUCGAUCAAGAUAGUCCUACAUUAGUGGACGGUAGUAGUACCGAUAGUCCAAAAGUACUUAUUGAAGGAGAAUCAACGACAUAAUUAUAUUUAUUGUAUAUAUCUACUAUUACAUUGUACCAAUUACAUUACAUAUUUGUUUAAAUUUUAUUACAAAUUUUAAUAGUAAUAGAUACAUUUUUAUCAUUA